UUUGCAUCGAUGUUACGUUGCCCUUGACUCCCUCCAUUUAAUUGCUGUUUUUAAAAAGUUCUUCGCGUAAAAUCAAGAAAAAUCGUUUUUACUUGAUUUAUCAAACUGUGAAAAGUGACUUCAAAAGUGAUAAAAGUGUUUAGUGUGCAGGUGUUAGCUUAAAUUUAUGUAGCGUCACCUGACCGAGCUCAUUGUCAUUUCCCGCCAUUGUGGCUAAUGUAAAAACUAAUUUCUACUUUACUGCGAAUAUUCAGUGUGGUUUAGAUGUAGAACAACUUUAAUUAUUGUACUUAAGUUAUGUCAUUACACGGCAAUGAUGUUUGUUUGCUAGAAGUGGAAGAUUACAACCUGUACGAGGAAGAAGCAUCGGAUCACGCUUUCAGCAGGAACGAAAAGCACUCAGGUUCUGGAAGUAAGACCAUGGAGGCAGAGAAGAGGAUUCGGCGCGAAAUUGCUAACAGCAAUGAGCGCAGACGAAUGCAGAGCAUCAAUGCCGGCUUUCAGGCCCUGCGCACUCUUUUACCGCGACAUGAAGGCGAGAAGUUAAGCAAGGCUGCUAUAUUACAACAAACAGCUGAAUAUAUUUACUCCCUUGAGCAAGAGAAAACAAGACUCCUGUCACAGAACUGUCAAUUGAAAAGAUUGUUGAAUCAGCAUGAAGGAGGUGAAGUACCUUUGAAGAAAAGAAAAAAUGACAUAUUGUCUCAUGUACCAUCAGUCAUCCCACCUGAUUCUACUGAUGAUACUAUUACUAAUUCAAGAUCGCCUGAACCUGUUGCUGUUAUCACUGUAACAAGUGUGUCCCAGAAGAAAGAGGCAGAGGGAGGAGAACUUCGCUCACAGUUAGAUCGUGAGAGACGACUUCGACGUCUGUUGGAAGAACGUUUGCAUGCUCUGGAAGGGCAAAUUUAUCCUGACACCAACCACUCGACUCGGUUUGAGCAAACAGAUUCCACGGAGUGCAAGGUGGAGACCGAGACCAUAGAAGAGCUCCCUGUGGAGGUCCCACCCGCACCCGCGCCGAUCGCACCGCCUCCAGCUCGCGUCACGCACCCGGCGCCGCCCGCACCGUCUGCACCACUGCUUGAAGCUGCUAUCAAAGCCGAGCCUCGCGUUGAAGUAGAGGUUUUACCAGAUGCGGCCCAUGAAACACCUUCACGCUUGUAUCUCGCCAGUACGAGCCGCCAAAACUUGGAAACCAUCGUAGAAGCAAUUCGCCACCUGGAAGGCGAUCAUUUGUUCCGCGAGGAGGCUGGUGAUGCUCCCCUGGCACUCACUAAGAAGGUAGAGCGCGCGCCGCCGUCGCGGCCCGGCGUCAUCGUCGUGAAGCACUCGUGAUCGCGUUGAGCGCCGUCGCCGCUCGGACUCGUCUCGUUAAAUCGCUUUCGCUCUGCAAGCGCUCCUCAUCCUCCUCGAAUAUAGUUUUAAAACCUUAGUUGUUUAAUUGUCUUUUCCAAAGUGACAAAUUGAUAAGUCUGCAUCUUUGUUUUUUAUUGCAUUAAAGUCAAAUCAAAAGUAGUAGAGUGUAGCUGAGUGCAUUGUAGCAUGAUGUCGAUCGGCGCUGUGCUUAGUUUAGUCUCAAAUGUAAUUAAUUUAAAGUUGGAAUGUUGUGUUACUCUGGCUUUAGUACAUGUUUGACUUGAUGGAUUGGGGACUGACUGACUUGGGUAAGAUAAGAUGAAGGAAGGUAAUAAAGGGAUAGUGUGCCGCGUGCCAAUUAUUACUUCAUGACGUCUUUAGAAAAGUUUAGGAUAUAGGCGAGUGUGUGGAAGGUCUUUUAUAAUUAGGCUUUGUGAUAAUUUUUGUACUACUUUACCUAAUAGAAUUGGAGUGUAAGGUUUGAUAAUACCAUUGGUGGAAGCAAUAAAUCAACAUGAGAUUGGUACUAAAGGGUUGUUGUAGGUAAUGUUACAGCAAUAUUAUGCAUCAAGUGAUUUAAAUCAUCUUCAAGCAUUUUAGUCAAGUACAUGUUAAUAGAAGAUUGGAUUUAGGUAAUUAUGUAUGUGGGCAUGCGGCUACAAGACGUCUGACUUGCAAGCAUUCAUUUUGAAAGAUUUUAAUUACUUGUGUAGUUUAAUGCUCCAUAUUAUGAUGAUUAUAUAUGAUCACUGUCUUGUGAUCAAACAAUUACAAGCAUAUGCUUAUUGACAUAAAUUGAAAUACAUGUUGUUAUAGUUUGGCCUGUAGAACCAGUGUCAUAUUAGUAUUCCCAGUGUUUUGCUUCUCUUGACAUUAGUAAAAUUUUGUUGAUAACAUAAGUUGUCAAAUAUUAAAAUUACAGCAGACAUUUUAAAGCAUUCCAUGUUGUUGAAUUCUCCCUAAAUAUUAUAAGCAGUUUUAUCUGCGUAUUAAAUAUUCAUAACUAGUUACUUGGGUCAUCAGUUAUAUGUAUUGUAUUCAAUUUAAAUAGUGUAAUUAUGUACUGUUUAGUCUAAAGCAUCCUUUACUUAAGUCUGGUGGGUGUAGUCAAGUAAGGAUGCUGAUAGAUAACUAUCAUGUAUCAAAAUCAGAUGUUUUGAAUAUUGACACAAUUCAUAUUAAUGUAAUUGCAAUGUAGGAAAAUCUACAGUUACGUAUUUGAUGAUUUAAUCAUCAAUCUUUCAGAUGUGUAAAAUUUGGCAGUGAAUAUUGGUUCACUAUUUUACUUUUAAGAGUUUUUAGGUAAAUGGGCUCUAUGCCAGCCCAUGGCUUAGGUAAUGUAAUCCUAAACAGUGAUUUAAUUAUUGUUUGCUUUAAUGUGCUGACAUUUUCGUUAAAAUUUAACUUGCAGUGCUUUUUGUUAAUAUUUCUCUUGUAAGUUUUGAAUGUAUUUUGUUUAAGUUAGGCUCAGCAACAGAGUGACAUAUAGUUCUUGCAGAAACAGUGCCGUGAUCCGUUUUGUCGGAUCACUUGAAUUUUUUAAGACUGAUCAUUUAUUCAUUGUUAAGUUAUGCUAGUUCGAGCCACCAUAUUGGUAGUACAUAACAAGUGUGCGUGUGUGUUUAUUGUACCUAUUUGUGUAUGUAUGUAUUUGAUAAUACGAAUAAUUGUAUUGUAUUAGGUGUUGCUGCCUCAUAGUAUUACAGAGAUUCUUUAGAUAAAUAUUAGCAAUAAGUUGUGGAUCUUACUUUUAACUUGGUUAUACAUUACAUCAAUUCUCCUUAAUUUAUAAGAAGUAUUCAUUAAUGGACCUCUGAAUCUCUCUAAAUCUUUGAGGCAUUAAUUUAAUACUAUUUGUAUGUUGUGAGUGUUACACAGACAUUGUAUUAUUUAUUUUGCAUUUGUCUCUGAUAUUGACUAGGGUAUAGAAUAUAUUUUAAAACAAUACCUAUCUAGGACUUCAAAUCUAAAAAGUCUUCUAAUUGCCACGUUUGUUGCAAAUUACAUUGUAAGCAACUCCAAUUGUAGUUUGUGACGGAUAGAUAGCAUUUUACUGCCUAGUCUUGUAAAGACUUCAGCUACCUAAGUCCUGAGAGUUUUUGAUUAGAAGUCCUGGCCGAUGGAUUCCCUGAAUGGCUUACUCCGCACUCUGUUCCUGAGUCCAUAGUUUUAAGGAGUUGUCUGCCUACCGCCUUUUACAUUAUGUCAGUUUAGAAUAAUUAACAAUGUAAUAUAACGGACUUGGUUAUACUAUUAGUGUAGUCGAUAGUAAUAAGAGAUUUUAAGUCAAAGAAAGCAAGUUAAAUUGUUUAAAAUGUGUUAUUAUUUAUGUCUUAAAGUAUUAAAAUGGUUAUUUCUUAUUAAUUAGUUUGUAAAUGGUAAUCAUCUGUAUGUAAUCGAGCUCUUUCCUUUGUCGUAUAUUGUAUAGCUAAAACCAAUAAAACAUCUACAUUAAUUUAUUUUUGCGGAUUGAAAAUGAUACUUUAUCGUAUGCAAGUGAAGACUGAUUGUGUUAAGAAAACGGCAUCAGGAGAGCGUGUUUAUUAAAAGUGCACAAAAUAUACAUAUUCAUUGUGAGACCCAUCAAUAUCUCUAGUCUAGGUAGGAGCUCGGCUGUAAUGCUGAAAUAAUUCUCAGUGUUUUCAUACUAUAAUGAUAUACUAAUAGAAUAAUAGCCACCAAGUUCAUGCUUGUAACAAUUUGAGCUUACUUUCGAAUGAAAAUUGAGAAUUAUUUUGGUGAACUCUGUAGUUAGAUAUAAGAUUCCCCCGUAACAUAAGCCAGCACAGUGUUGAUCAUUCUGGUAAAUAGCUUGGUCAGGUUAGUUCGUGCCAUGUUUUAUUGGUUUUAAGCACCUCAUUGUGAAUAUUUCCAUUUUCUACACUCUAUCGCGUGAAAUGUUGUCUAUCAUGUGUUAAAUUCUGACUAUUCCUAAGUAAAUUGUACAUUCAGCUUUCAAACCGAAUAAGUCAGUUAUGAAAAUGUUCAAUUUAUAUUGCAUUUAAAGUUAAGUUUUGGUUCAAAUAAGUGUCUUUAUUGAGCCUUAAAUUCAGUUAUGGAUUUAUUGACAGGGGAGAGACGACUAUUUUUGUUGUAAACCACCCCUUGGAUGGCAAACCUUACAACAGUAUUCAAUACUCAAACUUCUAUGUGAAUAUUGUUGUGACAUGAAAUAACCAGUAUGUUCUGUAGCAAUAUCCACCAUAAAUAAAUGUGCUUGCAGUACUGCUGGCAAGUCUGGGGACAAUAUAAUUUUUAAAUACUUGUCUAUUCUCUGUCAAUUAAAAAGCUCAUAUGUUCCUAUACAUAUUGCUAUUGUAUAAUAAUUUACAAUUCAUUCAUAAACUAAGAUUAUGAUAAAGUGUAGAAAAUAAUGCAUGGAUGUUUCCUUUUGAUAUGAAAUUGAUAAAAAAUAUUUCCUCUGAUUUUAAUUGUACCACAUUUGACCUAUAUUUACGAAUAUUUAUAAAAUAUUGAUA